CUAUCAACCGUAAUCAGCUCCACAUUUGGCCAGACUGUUUCGACUUUUCUUUGCUUGAGUAAUUGUGCAACGGUUUAAACUUGUGACAAAUAUGUUUGAUCAGUUUAAAAUUGCUUAAAACCAGCAUAGAAUGAUAAAAUGAUGAAAUUCAAAGUGGUCCACGUGCGAUUCUUGCUCCUUCGAACAAUUGUGGCAUAUCUCGCGUUGAGUGGACGUAAUGUCGCGGCAGAAGAUUUCGGAAAUUUGGAUGCCCACGGAGCGGUGGAUUGUGUCCACGAUGUGGCACCACGGUUCGGGAAGAGAAUCUGCGAUUGUGGCUACCGGAACGAAGACUUUAUAGUGCCCAGGUUUGACGGCAGUACAACCGAAAUCGAGCUGGUUAACUGCAAAUCGUUGCUAAUCAAGUCCGACACUUUCUUGGGCCUAUUCGGACUUUCCCGACUCAGUAUCAUCAACGUAGAAAACCUAAUCCUGGAACCUGGUGCGCUAAAUUUUGCACGAAAUGAUCCCGCAGCCCGGCUAAAAAUCAGUUUCAUUAAUAACCUCAUCGAGGAACUACCGUCGAACCUAAUCAGCGGACCAAUCCACGAAAUCGCCUUAGUCCGAUGUCGAAUCGGAGUGUUUCGGCCGUUCAGCGUGGCAAACAUCGGAGACCGGUUGGAAACUCUCCGGAUGGGGGAGACGUUCAUCAACCGAAUAGAGCGCCACGCGUUCAAGCGCUUCAACGUGAACAACAUUUUGCUUGAGGGCAGUAAAUUUGUCGCGCCAAUUUCAUCGCAAAGUUUCUACGAGGUCGAUGUGCAGGAACGGUUCGAUAUAAGAAAUUGCUCGUUUUAUCAACUGAUGCCGAGUGCGUUCACCAUGAAAAACGUGACGCACCUACAAAUCCAGAAUAGUGAGUUUGAAAAAAUUGAUGGAGAAUCUCUAAAUUUGCAAAUUAGAAAAAGUGUUCGAAUAACUGGAAAUUAUUUCAACAAAAUUAACGAUGCAGCAUUUAUAGCGAUUUCCCUGGACAGUUCCUAUUUCAGUAGAAACUCACAGAAACCUGCGCUGCAAUUUUCCAACAACCGAAUAGGCCAGUUAGAUCAAUCAAACGCGUUGCGUUUUUCGGACGACUUUAACCUGCAGCUAGAAGGAGUGCACAUUGCUCACGGCAUAUCCUGCAACGACGUGGUCUCGUUGGAACAAUCCAGUCUGUUCAAAAGCCAUCCAAACGACAUCUUCUUCAGCACUUCCGGAGCUGGAAACGAGUUCAAAUCGUUCAACGACAUUCGCCGGGUGCAAUGUUUGGAGAAUAAUUUUUGGCUGUAUUUAAUAAUCGGUGUGACAGUGGGUGCUAUUGUUCUAGUUUUAAUUUGCUCAAUCGUUUCGUGGUAUUGCUUAGCGCAGAGGAGAAAGAAGCUACGCGCGUUGGAGGUCGUAAUGCCGGAACCACGGACCUAUCGCGAGACUCAGAUCGUGAUGCAGAUUGAGAACCAUGGUCUGUUAAAAACGGAUUUAUGAUUUGAGUUACAGAAAAGGUGUGUUAGUUUUGCUUAACUAGCGUACUCAAGCCUAAAUCUGGCAAAAGCUAGUUUAGUGCCCAACACAAUACCAUUAAUUUAUCCUUUGGUCAACACGUGACGAUCAACAGGGUGAUUUAAGAUGCCUAAAAGUUAUAGCUAGUACAUCGAAGUAUGUUAUCGUUCCCAAGUAGAAAUUGAAUGUAAGAAACUCAUGUUUCUUACAACUAAAACGCAGCAGAAAAAAUCCUUUCUAGUCAAAGUGUACUUACGUAAUU